AUGCCUCCCUGGGUGUACGCCCUCCUGCUGCCCGCGCUGGCGGGGGGUCACAACGAGACGGAGCUGGUGGCCCUGGAGGGCACCUGCCUGGUGGUGUGCGACUCCGACCCCCAGGCUCAGGCCCAGGCCCAGGCCCAGGCCCAGUCCCAGGAGGCCUCAUCCCAGGCCUGGGCCCUGUCCGCCCGCCCGGCCCAGGGGGGAGGAGCGGUCGCCUUCUCCGCCGUCCGCUCCAGUCACCACGAGGCACCCGGAAACCGCAGCCACCCCAUCUACUUCGACAAGGUGCUGGUGAACAUAGGCAGCCAUUUCCAGCGAGAGGCUGGUGCGUUCGUUGCCCCUCGGAGGGGCAUCUACUGUUUCACCUUCCACGUGGUCAAGGUCUACAACAGGCAGACCCUCCAGGUGAGCCUGGUUGUGAACGGGAAGCCGGUGAUAUCGGCGUUUGCUGGUGACCAGGAGGUGACUCGGGAAGGAGCGGCCAAUGGCGGCCUGGUCCACAUGGAGCAGGGAGAGUGGGCCUCGCUGCAGCUGGACAGGGGCAGCCUGAGGGGGGGCUGGAAAUACUCCACGUUCUCCGGCUUCCUGCUGUUCCCGCUCUGA